AUGCCUUCCAAUCCUGAAUGGGUCAAAGCCCUCGAGCCCUCGGGGCCCCAGGGCUCAGAGCUCCUCGCACAAGAGAGAGCCAAGUCCGACCUUAAUGUCGACCAGCUCGCCGAGUUCAUGUUCACCAAGGAGAUCCUACAGCGGAACGAGAGAAUCCUCAAUAUCCUCCUCGCUGAGCCAGUCUUCGACAAGUCCCAAAACUACUUCCGAGGCCGAAAUGCGAGGAUAGAAGCUGCGUUAGCCAGAGGGAAGAGACUGCAACAGCUUCAGGUGCAACACAAAUGGUCCAAGGAUGAGUUUGAGACAGCAAACAGCCUGAUCAGCGAGCCCACCCCAUAUGGCUUGCACGCCAGCAUGUUCCUCGUCACUCUCCGCGAACAAGGCACUCCAGAACAACACAAGCUAUUCCUUGAAAAGGCUGAGAAAUACCAGAUCAUCGGCUGCUAUGCCCAGACCGAGCUCGGACACGGUUCUAAUGUCAGGGGUCUAGAGACCACUGCCACCUGGAAUGCCGACGACAAGACCUUCACCAUUCACUCUCCUACAUUGACUGCUUCCAAGUGGUGGAUUGGCUCCCUUGGAAAGACAGCCAACUACGCAGUAGUCAUGGCGCAACUCUAUAUCGGCAACAAGAACUACGGCCCUCAUCCUUUUGUUGUUCCCAUCAGAGACAUGAAGACCCACGAGCCUCUACCCAACGUUCAUGUUGGCGAUAUUGGUCCAAAGUUUGGAUACAACACCAUGGAUAACGGCUUUUUACUCUUCAAAAACGUCAAGAUUCCCCACCAAAACAUGCUUGCCCGCUUUUCCUCCAUUGACCCCACCACCAACAAAUAUGUGCGGCCUUCGAAUCCAUCUCUCAUUUACGGCACUCUUACCUAUAUUCGAAGCCAUAUUGUUCUCCAGUCCGGCUCGGUUCUCGCUCGAGGUGUCACCAUUGCAACCCGCUACUGUGCAGUCCGACGCCAAUUCCAAGACCGAGAUGCCCCAGCUAGUGAACCCGGUGAGAAUCAAGUCCUCAAUUAUACCAUGGUUCAGAUCCGAUUGCUUCCUUUGCUUGCCGCCACCUAUGCCCUGCACUUUACUGGUAGAGGUAUGAUCAAUCUCUAUCAAGAGAACCAAAAGCGAAUGAAUAGCACAGCUGCUCCCGAGUCAGAACGCGCUCCCGGCCCAGAAGAGCUGAACCCCGGCACCGAUCUUCUUGCAGAUCUCCAUGCCACAAGCUGCGCUUUAAAGGCUCUUGCUUCAACGACAGCUGCGGAAGGUCUUGAGGUUUGUCGUCGCGCGUGCGGCGGUCACGGCUAUUCCUCGUUCUCUGGCAUCGGGAGCUGGUACGCCGAUUAUCUACCCACUGUCACCUGGGAAGGCGACAAUUACAUGCUCACCCAGCAAGUCAGCCGGUAUCUGCUAAAAUCUGCCCGUGCCGUCCUCAAGGGAAAUGCUGGUGACAAUGACACCACCCGCAUCCUCUCGGAAUUCGUUCGCCGCCGUGAUAUUGGAGCUGCGUUUGAUGUGAUCGGAAGUGAUGAUGAUCUCGUCGCUGCUUUCGCCUGGCGCGUAUCUUUCCUAACAUUCGAGGCUCUUCGACACCGGGACGAAGAUAAGCAGUCAUGGAACAGCCUGCUGGUGGAUUUCUGGCGACUCUCCACUGCGCAUGCUCAAUACAUGGUCGUCAAGAAUUUCCACGAAGCGCUAAAUGACCCCAACACCACCAAGAGCAUUGACAAGGGCACAGUGGCACUGCUGCACAAGCUCUUCCGACUUUAUGCACUUCACACUCUUGAGAAGGAAGCCAGCGAGUUCUACUCAUCUGCCGCCGUCACCGUCCGCCAGAUCACACUUGCUCGCACCAAAGCGGUCAUGACGCUCCUGGAAGAGAUCCGACCGCACGCCGUGCGCCUUGUAGAUGCAUGGAAGUUUCCCGACUGGCAACUGGACAGCUCCCUAGGCCGCUACGAUGGAAAGGUCUACGAGGACAUGUUCUACCGCGCGAGCGAGCUGAACCCUCUGAACUCGGUUGUAUUUGAUCCCUACCCGGAUUCAAAGGUCUUGUUCAAGAAGGACGAGAGACAGAAUUUGAGGAGUAAAUUGUAG